AUGGGAGGUGGUGGGGAGGAGGAUCAAGCGGCUUUCAGGAAAGCAGCUGGCGAGGCAGCCAACAAGGCAGCCAACGAGGCAGCCUACGAGGCACCCAGCGAGGCGGCCAACGAGGCCUCCGACGAGGCAGCCCGCGGGGCAGCCAAAAAAACAGCCGUCGAGGCAACUGGCGAAGCAGCCAGCGAGGCGGCCAACGAGGUAGCCGACGAGGCACGAGGCAGCCAACGAGGUAGCCCACGAGGCAGCCAGCCAUGCAGCGAGGCGGUCGACAGGGCAGCCAGGAAGGCAACCAACGAGGCCACCGACACAGCACCCGGCAAGGCAACCAACGAGGCAGCCAACGAGACAACCAACGAGGCAGCCAACGAGACAGCCAACAAACCAGCCAACGAGGCAGCCAUCGAGGCAGCCAGCAAGGCAGCCAACAGGCAGCCGAGCAGGCAGGCCACCAGGAUCGCCGCGGCCUUGAGCCGCUCCACGGACACCGUCUCGAAGCAUUUGUUCAAAAAGAACGCAACCAAGAAGUCCAAGGGCCGCCCGAAGCAUUCCAUCCGCACCCCCAAAGGGUUUCUCGCUGCCCAGCGCGCUUACAAGAGGCUUCUCAAGUCCUCGGGCGGCACAAAGGAAGUGACGGCAGCCAUGCUGAAGUCCGAGAUGAAGUUGAAAUGCGACAUCAAGACAGUGCGCCGCGCGUUUGAGGAGAAUGGCUAUGAGUUCCGCCCGCUGUGCGAGAAGCCUCACAAGCACCAGAGCCCCAGUCAGUGGCCACAGUACGUCCACGCGUGCAUGGACAACAAGGCGUUCCAGGUGCUGCCCAAUGCGAAGUGCAGGAAGGUGGCGGCAAAGCGCAAGGCUCGCGGGGUGUACAGGAAGCGCAAGCGGGACCUCUCCGUGGGCCACGUCAAGCCGAGCAACCCCAAGGUUCUGAAGCAGAGUUCGGGCAAGGGCUCCGUGACCAUCGCGUGCGCCAUCGGCGCGCGCAAGGUGUUGAUGUGGCACCAGGUGGUCGGCAGUUGGAACGUCGCAGCCGCGGAGCGAAUGUGCUCGGGGGCGCCCCAGCCCGCUUUGGAGAGGGCCUGCCCUUCCGUGCGCGGCAAGUUCCGCGCCAUGGAAGACAACGACCCCACGGGCUACAAAUCUCGCUCGGGCAUGGCGGCGAAGAAGUCCGCUGGCAUCCAGACGUUGGACUUGCCGAAGCGGCCCCCUGAUCUGAUGCCGCUUGAUUUCGCCUUCUGGGCCAAUCUGAACAAGCGCAUGGGGGGGCAGGAGAAAGACUGGCCCGCGAGCAAGACGGAGACGCGGGCGCAGUACCUGGCCCGGCUGCGCCGCGCGGCGUUGGCGACGCCUUCUGAGUACAUCCGCAGCAUCAUGGGCAGCCUGCACAAGCGCUGCGGCUUGUUGGUCGAGGCGAAGGGCGGCCGCUUCGCCGAGGGCGGCGGGGACUGA